AUGGAACUACCACAACUCCACACCUUCAACUUCACCGGCGUCCUCUCCGAGUCAAAGCGGAUCAUCUUAUCCAGAUACACCCACUUCCUCACCUUCUCUCUCCUCUUCCUCCCUCUCUCUUUCUCUCUCAUCAUCACCCCCACCCUCAACCACCACCUCUGCGAUCAACCUUUCACCAUCCAUCAUUCAGACCAUCAAAAACAUCUAACAUCGUAUAUCCUCUACACCCUUAUCAUUCACAUCCUCACCCUAUGUGCCAUAUGCACCAUCACCUACACCACACACCAUGCUUUCUUCAAUCAUCCGGUCAACUUCUUAGACACCCUCAAGUCGUUAACCUUCUCCUUCCUCCCACUUGCUUUCACCGCGAUCAUAGCUUAUGUUAUUAUAUUCUUGAUCUCCAUAACCUUCUUCAUGCUCAUUGCAACAGUUCUUACGUUGCUACAUAACGUAGGGUUUGUUAUAGAUUACAAUUCAGUUCACUUCAUGUGGUUUUCGGCCAUCAUGGGUGCGGUUUUAAUCGCGAUUGUUACAUAUUUUCACGUGGAAUGGUCGUUGGCUUUUGUGGUGGUUGUUGUAGAAUCGAAAUGGGGAUUUGUGGCUUUGAUGAGGAGCUCCUAUUUGGUUAAGGGGAUGCGAUCGGUUUCGUUGUUGGUUAUGUUGUAUUUUGGUGUUUUUGGUGCGUUUAUAGUGGGGAUGUGUUCUGUAAAUAUGCGUUUUGUCGGUUUUACGAUGCUUGGUUCGUUCAUUUUAAUGAUGUUUUUGCUUCGGAUUACUGCGGCGAAUACUGUGUUGUAUAAUUAUUGUAAGGCGUUGCAUGGUGAAUUGGCUAUUGAGGUUGCUGAAGGGUUUGAUUAUGAGUAUUUGAGUUUGAAUUCGGAUGAUGAGAAGGUUCCUCAUGUUGUUAGUGUUGUAGCAGCUUGA